AUGCAUACCGCACUGCUACACAAGCGUCUGGCACUGAGGUAUCCGACAUCUCCAACUUUUUGCUCCAGUGCGACACCAAGGUCGGCAAUUCCCUGCGCCUUGCACGUGGGGAGCACACGCGCGGCAGCAUCAAAAAGUGUUCCGACGAAAAUUGGCGCCGAGAAGAACCUGUCAGGCAGCCGUAAGAGGCCGGCUUUAUUCGCCGCCGUCGUCAACUCCGGCUUUGCCCCGACGUGCUCAUUACAGCGAGUAGCGCGAGCUCCUAGAAAACGCAUCGCAAAGCCGGAGAUCCUCGCUCCCGCGGGAGAUUGGCCACAGCUGCGUGCCGCUGUCAACGCCGGAGCGGAUGCAGUGUACUUCGGCCUAAACGCCCUAAACGCACGAGCUCGAGCUCCUAACUUCGACGUAGCUGAACUACCAGCCGUAAUGAACUUUCUGCACGAGCAUGACACACGCGGCUUCGUAACCAUGAACGUUCUUGUCUACGACGAGGAGCUUUCACAGGCGGAAUCCAUAAUCCGUGCUGUAGCUGCUGCAAGUGUCGACGCUGUCAUCGUGCAAGACAUUGGUCUUGUCUCGCUGGUCCGGCGCGUCGCUCCUAACCUUUCGAUCCAUGGCUCCACGCAGAUGAGCGUCACGUCCCCUGAAGGUGCCGAAUUUGCUCGGGAGCUUGGGUGCAGUCGUGUUGUGGUUGGGAGGGAGCUCAGCACCAGAGACAUAUCAACUUUUUAUGAAGCAACAGACGUGGAGAUUGAGGUGUUUGUUCACGGCGCGUUAUGCGUGUCUUACAGUGGACAAUGUUUUAGCAGUGAGGCCUGGGGCGGCCGAAGUGCCAAUAGAGGGCAAUGCGCUCAGGCUUGCCGCUUGCCGUAUGGCCUGGUUGUGAAUGGGCACAUCAAAGAUAUGGGAGAUGUGAAGUACCUACUGUCGCCACAAGAUUUGAUGGCGGUUGAAAUGGUCCCCGAGCUUAUCAACGCAGGCGUGGCGUGUUUCAAAAUCGAAGGGAGGCUUAAAGGUCCGGAAUAUGUUGCGCUGACAACAUCUAUGUACCGACGCGCAACAGAUGAAGCCUGGGAGGCACGAGGUGGGGACAACAGGGAUGGGCCUUGGCCACACAAGUCAAAGUGGGUAUUAUCAGACGCAGAUCGAAUUGAUCUUGCACAGGUUUUUGCGCGGGGCCAAGACGCUGAUCAUGACGGCUUAACCCCUGGAUUUUUGGAGGGGCCGAUGCAUCAGCGUCUCGUUCGCGGUCGCGCACCGAAGCACAGAGGGGUUCUGAUUGGCAAAGUCAUCGGUUGCAAUACCCGCUGCGGCGUCAGAGUCACAGUCCGACUUCGAGGAAGUGCCGAGGUGAAGCGCGGAAUCGGGGUAGUCUUUGAUCGUGGAGCCCCAAACGAGCCCGAGGCCGGCGGAUAUGUAUACGAAGUAAUUGAUCCAUCUACAGGGCAAUCUGUAGCCAGGACAGCGGCAGAUGCUGUGUGCGAAGGAAUUUAUGAGCUGACCUUCUCGGAUAAUGUAUCAUCUUCGUGGGGAAAAGCUGCAGCGCGGGAUAGGAACCCUGUGAUGCCAGCACCAGGCGACUUGGUUUGGCGCAGCAGUGAUCCAGAACUUGAGACUCGGCUACGAAAAAUGGCCACAGAGAGUUUGCCUCAACAGAAGCGAGAGCCUGUGACAGUCCGGCUGUCAAGCGGUGGCGUGGGUUACCCUCUUAGCAUCGCGAUAAUUGAUGGCGAAGGCCGUGAAGGUGUCGCUUCCACGACCGCGCUGCUCCAGCCAGCAGAUAAUGCACCUUUGUCAUUUGCAUCAAUUGCCAAAAUGAUAGGUCAUUUAGGGGGGACUCCAUUCGAUGUCGGUCAACUUGAUGUCAGUGGAUUAACGGGCCUUGAUGCGGGUGUAUUCAUGUCGGCCCGUGAGGUAAAAAGGGCACGGCGUGAGGCGGUUGAAGUGCUGCUCGUGCUGCGUCGUGCAUCUUCUACUUCCCCAGCAAUAGUUCUGUCAGACGAUGCCGCGCUGACAACUAUGUUGGAAGAAGUGACGUGGUGGGGCGAUGCCAUCAGUAAAGUUGAGGCAGCGCCAGAAAACUGGGCCACACAUGAGCUGGCUUGUAAUCAGACAAACGGGCCUUUCCUGAGCCUACUAUGUCGGACAAAAGAACAAGCAGUUUCGGCUUUAAAUGUGCCAUGGCUCAAAGAGAUCGUCCUGGACUUCCUCGAGGUGCACGGCUUGCAAGACAUGGUACGUUCGGUGCAGGCGAGCGGCCGCACCGCCGUCGUAGCCACGCCGCGGGUGCUCAAGCCAAACGAGGAGAAGUUGUGGCAAUUUUACAUCAAAAUCAAACCAGAUGCACUCUUGGUCCGAUCGUCAGGAUUGAUGCGAACGUUGACGCAUUUGAGAGGUUUGGAAAGCGGAGCUCUUAAAAUUCCUCCUCUUCGUGGUGAUUUUUCUUUAAAUGCCGCCAAUGCUCUUGGUGCAUCCACUUUACUCCGCAGGGGUAUGCUUCAAAGGUUGACUCCUACACAUGAUCUCAACGCGAAACAACUAGUGGCGUUGUCUAACGCUCUUGGACCUGCGGGCGCGUCAAAGCUAGAAGUCGUUAUUCACCAGCACCUCCCCAUUUUUCACACCGAACACUGCGUCUUUUGCCGGUUUCUAUCUACGGGCAACAGCUACAAAGACUGUGGGCACCCAUGCGAGACGAAUGUCGUGCACCUCAGAGAUGGCGAAGGCGCGGAUCACCUUGUUCUGGCAGAUAUGGGCUGUCGCAACACUGUGUUCAAUGCGAGCGUGCAAAGCGGUGCUGAGUUUGCGGUCGCCUUUUUGAGAGCCGGAGUGCGUCACUUCCGCGUAGAGCUAGUGGACGAGCCUUCCGACGUGGUCGUGGACAUUCUUGAAGCAUAUCGCAGAGUCUUACUCGGGGAAAGAAAAGGUACUGAUGUGGUUGAGUGGGUUGGUAUGCUGCCGGACGCCAACGGGAAUAGUCAUGGUUCAGGACGAGGAUCACUUGAGAUAAAAAAAGAAAUUGACCGGAACACGAUGAAACAGACGGCGACAGCGGCGCGCGAUGUGCAAGCAAGCAGGACUUGA